UUCACAGCACUAGAACCAACAUUCAUCUCCUGGAAAUCUCUAUCAUUGUACGAAUUACUACGCUAAAUUGACACCAAAACAUCUGAGUCGUUUCUCAACUUCAGUCAACCUGUAAUCAUUGAUUUAACGUCCUCUACUUCUUGGAGUUCAUUCCAUUUAUCUGCAUUGCCAUAAUUAUCAUCCCCUUUCCAAAGAACCAACAUCUUUGACAUGUCUGAAGGAACCUGGGAGAAGUUUUCCCAGGUCGCUGUGAAGGGUGCUGAACAUGACUCUCGUGAACGCCGGCCCCAUCCGAAAUGUUUGGAAGGGACCCGAGUGGUCCUUCUUAACCACAUUUAUGGAUUAUCCGAUACCAAAGAGAUGAAUAGACUCAUCUGGUUGCAUGGCACAGCCGGCGUUGGGAAGUCUGCUGUAGCGUUCACUGUAGCUGAAAGAAUGGGAGGUCUGAAAAUGACCAAGGAGACGAAAGUAGAAACGCGGCUUGGUGGAACAUUCUUCUUCUCGCGCAAGCACACGACACGCCGCACGACUGGUUAUUUCUUUAUGACGCUUGCCUACCAGCUUGCUCAAAAUUUUCCCAGCAUUCAGACAGACGUGAACAGAGCUAUCCUCAAGGACCCCACCCUUCUAGACCCCGACAAGUCACUUCGCAAGCAGAUGGAGGGGUUGUUUCUGCAACCUCUGCGGAAGCUUUAAUACAGAGUACGCGAGUGUCCACCUUUGACGUUCGUUGUUGACGCCCUUGAUGAAUGCACAAACGAAUCCCCCAAUGAAUACUCAUCCGAAUCCAGGGACGAAGGCGAAUCCGA